UUAAAUUCUGAGCUCGAAAACACCGGUUUGUCCCCUGGCGCAAUGGUUGCCCUCCUCGGGAGUAGUGACGAUGAAGAUCCAGACGACAUGGAUGCCUUACUGAGGGCGGCGGCAGCUCAGGCCGAAUCUAGUCGUAUUUUGGAUGCGGAUGAUGAAUCCGCAUUAGGUGACAUCAGAAGAGCAACCGGUGUGGGCUUUAGGGGUUCUGACGAUUCUGGUGAUGGAGAUGUUGAUGCGACUGAAGAUGACGAUGCCCUCUCAAUAGAUCUCUCGCGGAUAAAGUCAUCCUAUAUGCCUAAGCUCAUCGACAAUGAAAAUGAAUUCGAUGAAGCCUCCAAAAAGGCCCCCAUAAUCUCAGCAAAUAUGCCAAACGAGCCGACUUUUCGAUCUUCUAAGACAGUGCAGAGGGCCUUUCAACCGGGCUCCACACCCACAGGCUUUCGGGAACGUUUCAUGGUAUGGAACCAUUUAGGACUUAUUAUCCAGUAUGCUGAUCCUGACUUGACUGAUUCUGAUGACACUCUUGAGGGUGACGGCAACCGGCGUGCUAAGACAACCGGUAGCAUUGAGGUGGAGUUUCAUGACAACACAGUGCAUCACAGUCUUCACUUUCCGAAUACUUAUGGUUAUUCAAUGGCCGAUCUUAGCUCCACUGCCUUGAUUCUCGCCUCUCCCGGCUCAGAUGAUUUCGGUUUAACUGACGAAGUUGCUUUGGGCAAAACGACUCCAGAAGCCUCUGACUAUAGUCGCAUCAGUGUUCGACCAUUGGACACGGUUACAACGGAAGCUGAUCGCCUCAUGGAUAGUAAGUCUAAUUUAUUUGGAUCAGGCGUGCACACAGCUAUCGAAAACCCGAAUUUCAUGAUCUGCUCUCCAUUCGCCUAUACAGAAUUUUUCAUGGUUUUACUUGAGAAUAGGCGUGCUAUCUAA